UUGAUGAAGCGACUCUAUUCGAUAAAAUUCGUAAUAACCAGUUGUUUCUCCGAUCGGGCCCAUCAAAGCCUAUCCUCAAUAUAAUAUUCUUCCCUGAGGCGAAGUGGAGAGCGAUCGCCCAAGAUAGGGUUCGGCGCAUCGAAGUCUUUGACUACCUGAGACUAGAUAGUGCGUUACUGGCUUAUCUCGUUUCUUCGAGGUCCGGCUGGUACCAUGUGAUUAGUGAUGGUCGAUACAACUUCAUGAUCAAGGACUACCUGUACAUGCUUGCUUGGACCUUCGAUCCGACUACCCUUGAAACACGGGCCAUGCUCGCUGCUCGGAGUGAAUACAGACACCGUUCCAACUUGAAAAAUGGAAAUGGAGAUUUCCACUUGCCAGGACUUCGCACGGCGCAUUUAUAUCAUCCCCUCUCGCUCGCCUGCCUAUGUCUCACAGACUUCGUGUUCUAUUUCGACAGGAUCAUCAUUGAUGAAGGGUACACGAUCGGCCAUAUCGAGAAGGAUACAGGCCAUGGGUUAUGGGUGAGGGACGAGACCCAGACACACAAUUUUACCUUGGAAACUCUCAUGGUUGCCUCGCGGAACAUUGCAAAGAUCAUUGGCAUAUUUGCUAACCUCUUCAAGAGUGUGGAAGUCACUCACACUAUCGCCGAGUCGCUACAGGACGGGAGAACUUGGAGAGAUUUUUAUGGAAGACAAGAUUCAGAGUCGUUAAAGAACUUCAAUUAUUGCACAGAGUCUUUCCGCUCAGCUGUAGGACUGCUGAAGUUACGUAUGAAAACGAUCAAGCAGUCUGGUCGUGUCUUCGACGAGCGAGCCAAGGCGCAGUCUAAUGUGAUAGCUACCCUCAUCCGCCGCCAAGACGCCGUGACAGGCCAUCGAUUAGCAAAAGCUAGCAAGAAACUUGCGGAGGCAACCAAGAAAGAUAGUUCUGACAUGAAAGUGAUUGCCAUUAUGACGAUGGCAUUUCUUCCCGCUACAUUCUUUGCCGCCCUGUUUGACCUUCCGACGCUCGCCUGGGAUCAACCACAAGUAAUUACGAAUAACUUCUGGGUAUAUUGGGCCUUCACAUUACCUACAACGCUUGUAGUCUUCGCCCUAUGGUAUGUGCUGAACGAGCGGAAACUUAAUAGAGAGGCAGAUAGCGCGGAGAAAGAGAGUGAUAUGGAAAGAUGUAAUAACAUAUCUGAUGAUUUCUUCGGAAAUCCUAGCCCGUCACAAUUUAAUGGGCCGGGCAAAUCGAAUACCCGAUACACCCUUACAGGCAUUUUAUAGACUGAAGUACGCUUAUACCGGCUGUAAAUUGAGUUGGAAACACGUAUGAAUUGGAUAUAUGAGAAUCCCAUAGCGAACCCAGGUAUUGCCUAGAUGCUUGCGCACGUAAUAUAAGCUGCGUAAUAAUGAAAGCAACCCUACUUUUAUGAGU